GAAGAAGAAGAACUGCAUAAGGGGGAAGUGUCGCAGUGGACAGCUCAAUUCUGUGGCGCUGCGUAGAUGUCAAACCAGGGUUUUAGCAACUAGUCACAAGAAACAGAUUUCAUUGUAUUUUUUAACUAAAUAUACAACGUCACAGAAUGGCCACUGAUUCAGGCUACGGUGGCUCACAAAGCUACGGGGCAUAUGCCGGUCAGCAGAGUGGACAGGGUUAUGGACAAGGAAAUGGCAGCGGUGGCUCUUAUGGGGGACAGAGUUACAGUGGUUACGGACAGCCAGGCGCAGCAACACAAGAGGGUUAUAGCCAGCCUCCGCCGCCGAGCUUUGAUAAUUACGGACAGGCAUCAUCUGGGUAUGGCGACAAGUCGGCGCCUUCUCAGGGACAGCAAGGUUCCUAUCCUAUCCAGGACCAAGGAGGUGACAGCUAUGGACUGCCAAGCUCUUUUAGUGGCCAGGGGCCACGAGGGGGUGGUGGUGGUGGUGGCGCCGCCAGCUAUGGAAGAUGGAGUGAAGGUGAGGAAGCUGGUCAGGGUGGGAGGUUCGGACGUGACCAAGGAGAUCGUUCUGAAGGAGGAGGCUUAAGAGGCCGAGGUCGUGGUGGUGCGGCUAUUGAACGUGGUAGCACAGACCGCAGUGGUGGAUUCGACCGCAGUGGUGGAUACGACCGUGGCGGGGAACCUCCUGGUAUGGGUGGUGGUGACCGUGGUGGCUACAAAAAUUACGGUGGCUCUCGAGACUUCGACUCAAGGGAUGAAACGGCUGGUGAUCAGGACAACUCUGACAACAACACCAUUUUUGUUCAGGGACUAGGAGAAGAGGCCACAGUUCAGGAAGUCGGCGACUUCUUUAAGCAAAUUGGUAUCAUCAAGAUGAACAAGAAAACUGGACUGCUAAUGAUCAACAUCUACUCUGACAAGGCCACCGGUCAGCCAAAAGGAGAAUGUACAGUGUCGUUUGAUGACCCGCCCUCUGCCAAAGCUGCUAUUGACUGGUUUGAUGGCAAGGAGUUUAAAGGCAAACCUAUCAAAGUAUCAUUUGCCACCCGCAGAGCUGAGUUUACACAGAGAGGAGGAGCAAGUGGUGGAGGUGCAAGAGGGGGGGGACGAGGAGGUUUCAGAGGACGUGGUAGUGGCGGUGGAGGAGGAGGACCAAACUUUGACAUUAAGGGAGGUGACUGGCCCUGUCCCAACAGCUCUUGUGGCAACAUGAAUUUUGCACGGCGGCAAGAGUGUAACAAGUGUGGCACUCCAAAACCAGGAGAUGGAGGUGGUGGAGAUCGUGGAGGAAGAGGUGGUUAUGGCGGUGACAGAGGUGGCGGUGGCUUCAGGGGUCGUGGAGGUUUCCGUGGCGGAGACCGUGGAGGUUACGGAGGAGGAGGAGGAUUCGGAGGAGGUUAUAAAAUGGGAGGAAGAGGUGACCGUAGAGACGACAGAAGAGAACGGCCAUACUAGGUGUUGAGCAGAUGGAAACCAUCCCAGCCCCUGAGUUCGCCAAUGAGGGAGGAUUUAGUUUGGGAUUACUGGGAAGUGUGUGGGGGGGGGGGAGGAUGACCGGCAAUCAGACUGUCUGAUUUGUGCACCCUUUCUGUAGCCAGUGCAUCCCAACUAUUACUGCUCAUGUGAGCGAGGAGGGGUGGGUGUGUUGAGCUAUUGUAUAGGGACUUUUGAGGCUGAUUGGCAUGUGGUCAAACGUUUUGUUUUUUGUUUUUUUUCUCCGCUUUUGUUUUAUUUCUUUGUACAUCUUUUUAAUUUCCUCUCCGAUUCUAGUUGCAGAUGUUAUUGUGAGGUAGACUUCGUAUCUUUGUUUUUGUAUGAACGGAUUACAUGUUUUACUUGGGUUCUCUUUUUUUUUCCCAAAAUGAUAUUAAAAGACUGAUCUUU